CGGAUUUUUAAUUCUUAUCCAAAAACACACAUACACGCAUACAUCUUAAUUAAUGUUAUCCCUAAUAUUCAUGCAAUAUUUUAUCACCUUCACUUCACUCAUAUAAAGAAGACUCUCUUCCUCACUUUUUGCAAUCUAAACCAACCUUUUACUUUUUCUUCUCUUUCUUUUUUCCAAAGAAUUAGAAAAGCUUCGAAGCUCAACCUCAACAGCAUAUUCUUCAUGGCUAGUGAAAUUAAGAUCAAAUAUGAAGAGGAAUUCAUAUUGAAUUCUAGAGGAAAAAGGCUUUUUUCAAGCAGAUGGAUUCCUGAGAACGAAAAUCCAAAAGCAUUAAUCUUUAUGUGUCAUGGAUAUGCCAUGGAGUGCAGCAUGACCAUGCAAAGCACGGCAACAAGACUUGCAAAGGGUGGAUUUGCGGUAUAUGGUUUGGAUUAUGAAGGACAUGGAAAAUCAGAUGGGCUAUUUGGUCUUGUUAAUAAGUUUGAGAAUAUCGUUGAUGAUUGUUUCCACCAUUUUAGCACCAUAUGUGAAAAAGAGGAAAAUAGGAACAAGAUGAGAUAUUUGUUAGGAGAAUCAAUGGGAGGAGCUGUUGCUCUGCUUUUGCACCGGAAAAAUCCACAUUAUUGGGAUGGUGCUAUUUUGGCUGCACCCAUGUGUAAGAUGGCAGAUGAUAUAAGACCCAAUGCAAUUAUGGUAACUAUAUUGAGUGGAUUAAGCAAAAUCUUUCCAACAUGGCAAAUAGUCCCUGGCCAAGAUAUCAAUGAGAUUGCCUUUAAACUUCCUGAAGUCAGACAGCAGAUUAAAGCUAAUAAAUAUUGCUACAAAGGCAAGCCUCGUUUGAAAACAGCUUUCGAACUUAACAGGGUCUGUACAGAAUUUGAGCAAAGAUUAAAUGAGGUUUCACUACCUUUUUUGGUUUUACAUGGUGAAGAAGAUAGAGUGACUGAUAAAGCAGUGAGCAAACAAUUAUAUGAUGUGGCCUCAAGCACUGAUAAGACACUGAAGUUGUACCCAGGAAUGUGGCAUGGUCUAUUGUUUGGAGAGCCACCAGAAAAUUUGGACAUUGUAUUCAAAGAUAUUAUUAGUUGGAUAGAGGAGAGAUCUCGUUAUGGUAACACAAGAUUAGAGAGAGAACUGAAACAACAAAAUGAAGAUUUUGUAAAAACUAGCUACUAAUAUUCUGAUUUCUAGUUUUCAAUAAUAAGUUAUUAUUAGUGUUUAAUAUUCUUAAUGUAAGCUAUGAUGUGUGUGACUCUUGCAAAAAUUGCAAUUACAUACUAUAUUGUUUUACUAGA